AGUGGAAAUGACAACUAUUGAAGCUUUCACGGGUGUACUAGCUGAAAACAGUCCAAAACCAACCAAGAAAAAGAGGAAACAGGUGGACCCUUCAUCUCUUGUACAGAAUGUGAAAAUUGAGACAAGAAUAGAGAAGAGGGAGGAUGGUUUUGUCUAUGAAGACCUAAAGAAGGUAAAGAAGAAUAAACAGGAGGAGAUGGAUGAUGUGAUACCAAAAUGGAAAGUUGAAAAAACAAAAUUGGGUAAUGGCUGGAAGAAGAAGACAAAGCGUUGCUAAAUCUGUUUUAUGACCUAAACCAGGGGCAUGUGAAUAAAGAAGUCUAGACAGACAACGAAACAAGUUAUACCAUAACUUUCAAAUCAAUAAUAAAGCUUUUGGAUGAACUAGACAUGGGGAACGAGGUAAUAGACGGGUACACAUCAAUGCUGAAAAGGGAGCAGAAAGUUAAACGACUGAUGCAAAGAAACAGUGCAUUCUUCACAUCCACCUGCUGGACACUUAUCACAAUGGCAAAUCAGUCCCCCAAAAAGUUUCUCCUUGAUAGCAAACUUGAACAACUCUACAACGAAUUACAUGACAGGAGCUUAGAUUACUUUCGGUACCUUGUUUUCCCGAUGAACUCUUCAGGAAAUAAGACGAACAAAAACAGUCCAUAUCAUUGGACUCUGCUUGUUUAUGAUAUGCAAGAGCAGGAAUGGAAGCAUUAUAAUUCAUUCAAACCAAGAAAGAAGGAAAAAUCAGGCGACCCUUACCUUAAAGAUGCUGCAAUAGUGAAAGAUGCUGUUGAGAAAUUCAUGAAGGAAUUGGAAGAAAGGAGUAAUCAGCCACAAUUCAACUUGCUAACUCCCAUAGAGUCAAUCUUUAAAGAUGGUGCUCAACUAAGAACAGUGCAAGAAGCACCACAACAGAAUAUUGCUUCGGUUGAUUGUGGACCUGUUGUUUGUUAUGUCAUCAAAAAGAUUGCAGAGCUUGAGGAAAUACCACAAAAGCUUGAAAAAGAUGUUUCAGCUUUUAGAGUGCAUUUGGUCCACAAGAUUUUACAUGAUGAGCCAAGAUCAUGGACGAAAGAAAAGUGGCAAGACAAAAAACUAGCUCACGAUUUUACUUCUGAUCAGUAG